AUGAGUACAACGCAUUUUGGCGCACAGCCACCCGCACAAUACGAUUUCGACUCCUCACAGCGUAAUGACCGCGACGAGCAGAUUGUGAUCCACUUGAACGGGCACUUCGACGGGACGAUCGCUCUGCCAAGGGCGACACAAGAGAGAGAAGCAUGGGAAAACGAUGUUCAGGCUCCUACACGAAGGGCUGCCAGCAAGCGGAGUUCAAGAUCGUUUACAUCACGUGUAUCUCGACAAAAGAGCCGGAGACGGGAACUUCUGGGACGACAAGCAAAGCUAGACACGAGUUUCACAAGACACAAUGGCGAAACACCGCACCAACUAUUCCCUGAAAAAGAAGGCUACAGCCAGGGAAACGCACGGAAGAGUUGGUUCAGCGUCGGGCGAUCGUCAACCAAGUUCAAAGGACUAGGAAUCACGAAAGGAACUCCUCAGCCAGGUUUCUCGCAUCGCAGAAUACCAAGCAUCGAACACGAGCCUAACACUGCGGAUUCACUAGCACCAGCUCCUGGCACUGCUACAUGGAAUGAGAUUUCCCCUUGGGACCGGCCUAUACCCAUUGGCAUCACCGUUCCCACCGACAGCGUCUCCGAUUUUAGUCCGUACCACAGUAAUCGACAGCGGUCAGGAAGUGACACAACUCUCGUCACGCCCAGCAUUGUCAUCACGCCUGCCAUGCCAAUGCAAUCAGCCAAGGCCGCACCGGAUUCACCAACGCACAACAGGAACGACACGCUUGACUCCAACGAAACAGCAUUCGAAGAGGACGAUCUUGAUGCGCAACGGAGGAACCGCAUUAUGUCAAGUGAUACCUUUUUCGAGGAGGAUGAUACACCUUUGCGCGAAAGAACCGUUGAGACGUCUCUCGUAGUCGAUACAUCGCUCUUGCCAACACCACGGCGUUCACAAGGCUGGUGGAACGUUAUCACAACACCUUUUGUCACAACACCGUUGACUGGGAUGUGGCCCAAGGAUGACCAGCACAUCCCAAGGACACCUGACGUACCCACCCUACCACUUCAGUACAGCCAGAGCAAGAAGGUCCUUUCUGUUUUGCCGGCAGAUAAGUGGGCAGCAGAGCAGAGACCAUCUCUUGCGGACCCAGAUGCAAAGCGCGGCAUCGUGCUGCAUACGCAACAGACAGCAGCAAUGCCUGAUCGUAGUAUAACCUCGCCCCUACCUGCAAUGUCUGCCACUCCUGUCGUUGGCACAGCAGCUAUGGCUACAGUUCUAAUGCCACGUCAAGUUGAGGAAGUACAGCGACCAAUCAACAUUAAUAUCGAACUGCAAGAUCGGCGACCAGACAUUAACGUCCAAUUGUUGAACGCCAACUUGCAGCCAGCAUCGCACCAAAGCCACACGUCCUGGCCAGCGCCACGCCUGCAGGGUGUUGGGUCGUACAGCUCCAGGACUAAUAGCCCCUCGCCAAAUCUUCCGACGUUCGCACCGCCUCCAACGUACGCACAAAAGGGUUCACAUUUCAGCUAUGACGAUAGAAGCAGAGCGAGUUCGACAAACUCUACACCAGACCUCAAACGACAAAAGAAGCACCGCAAGGUUUUCGCUAUGAAGACUCUUCUGCCAUGUUUGAAGCGAAAGCAACAGGACAAGUCUAACGAGAAGAAAAAGAAGAAGCGUGGUUGCUUCCUCUGGUGCUGCGGAUGCUGUCUGAUUUUGGUCAUUUUGCUUGCAAUUCUUGUUCCCAUCGUUGUGGUAUUCUCGAGAAAGAAGGAUGACACGACCCAGAUCACACCCGUCUCAACUCAACCAGGUGGUGAGGCAACGUCUGAGUGGUUGAGUUUGACAAAUCUUCCUCCCAUACCUACUGGUGUCCUUACGAUUGCGCAGCCCGAAGCAGUCGAGGAGGAGAGUGGCUGUGUCGCGCCAACCACUUUAUGGAGCUGCGCGCUCCCCAAAGAGCUUCAAGACUCAGUGAAGCCCAACAAGCCAGAUCAGCCAAACAUGAAGAUUGAGAUAACGUACGACAACAGCAGCGCGACGAAGACUGCAAAGCGCGCUGCGAAUGCCGUCUCUGUGGGUACAUUCAUUCGCGAGCGCUUCUUGAGGGCUCGCGCGGCGCCAUCAUCAUCGCCUGCACCCCCGAGCAGCGACGACAUGGUGUUCCUCGGAAAAACGACCGAUGGGAACGGCGCUCCGUUUGAUGGCGAAGAUACACCCUUGUUCGUCAGCUUCUCAGACCCACAGACCACUGCAUCUCGUCUUGCCAAGCGAGCAAGCGGUGAUCCCACGAAUAUCACCGCAUCAAUCCCUGCCCCUAUGCUGAACUCAGAUGGAACUGCCGCGCCGGCAAAUUUGCUUCCGAUCCCUUCUGCGCAACCACUCCGGCUGUACAACCGCGGCAACGAUGACGAGCACUACGGCUUCUACUCGUACUACGACCGGUCCAUUUUCCUGAAGCAGAUCAACGGAACCAAUCGCGGUGGCAACCCUGCGGAUACAGAUGGGGGCAGCACGAAGGAGGCUGCUACGCUCCGAUGCACGUUCGCCGAGACGCGUUUCCUGGUCCAGAUCUGGACGCGCAGUGAGAAGAGCAAGGCACUCCUACAAAGCUCCACACAGAGCGGCUCAACCGAUCUCAACCGACCAGGGACCUUCCCGUAUCCAGUCACCGUUACCAUCGACCGACAUGGCGGCAAUGCGGCGAAAAAGAACCUCUACUGCUACCAGAUGGAGAGCGACGGAACCAUCAAGAACGAUGCUUCGAAGCGCGCUUUCCAAUUCGAAGACCGUGCUUUUGGAGGUAAUCUGGUGAACGGCACACAGGGUCGUUUCAAUGUGUCGGGACCCAUCGACGGCGGAUCUGGAGGAUGCUCAUGUAAGUAUCAAAACUGGCUAGAUUGA